AUGUCCAGCUCAAAUUUCAAAAACAAGCAGUUUCAAUCGCUAAUACGAAAGCGGACAUCAAGUGCUUAUGGAUCAAAGCCUGUUGACACGCUUUAUAAGAAAACUGACAAAUCCAAUACUGAGGCCACGCGUAACUUUGAUCCUGAGGAACCAGUAAGCCCUUCAAAACCACAUACCAGGCCGCGACAAAAAAGCAUAGGUCAUCUACUUCAAGACACAACUAGAUCGAGGGCUAGUAAGGCUGGGGAUCCAACGAGAAAAAGAUUGGAUAGUUUGGUUGCAAGGACGACUGAUGUUAUAAAGCUAGACAAAACCGACAACGAAUCAUCACAUACGCGAAACUCAAAUGCUUCCAAUCAACCGAUAUAUAGUGACGGCAACCACGAAGUGACACGUCCGCUGCUGCACUUUCAGUCAAACCAUAGAUAUCAUUCCAAUGCGAGUUCCCACGACGCCACAAAAGACGAUCACUUUACCAUGCGUAGAGAUAAACUGUUCUGUGGUCCACGUUGUAACAAGGAGAAGGACAAUUCAACCGAUGACAAGUAUUCUGAAAAACUAGAAAAAUCAUCAAGAAUUCGUGAAAGACUAGACAGUUUAACUAGUCAUUCGGAUCGAUUAGUUGAACGGAAAUCUUCAUAUGCUUUUCAAAAAGGAAAGACUAAUGAAACAAGUUCCAGAAAAACGAUAGUGUCUCCACAGUCGAGAAUAAGCAAAGACUUACCGGUUAGUUCCCCCGAUUCAUUGUCGCCAACAUCAGAUCAGGCACGAUCUCGUUCAAACUCAGGCUCGGCAUCUCCAAUACUCAUUGCGGAGCUGGAACAUUCAAUCUCAUAUUCAGUCUCCCCAUCAGCCUCACAAUCAGGUUCACCAUCAGUCUCAUUGUCACCAGCACCUUCCAUUUCUCUGGAGCCUGGGUUCACAGAGGUAGAAGACUGCGAUGGAAAUAAGCUUGAUGUAAAAGAAUGCAGCAUGUGCAAGUUCCCUAAAGUACGACAUGUUUUAAAGUCUUUUCAAUACCAUGACCAAAAAAUUCGAAAGAGAAAUCAUCGCAAAAUAUACGAAAUAGCAGUUUCGCAGAAUGGAAAGUAUAUAUACAUUGGGUGGCAGCACCCUUCACUUGAUCUCGUACCACUCAACAAAUUUGUUGUCAACAUUGAGUCUCAAUUGAAAGACUUUUCGUUCGCAAAUGAAUCGUUUAUUAUGCAAUUAAUACUGGGACAGAGAUUCAUCAUAGCGUCUCACUAUGGUAGAGAUGAUGACAUCCGACAGUACUUUACCAACCACCCCAAUCUGAAAGUGAAAGUGGAAUCGACCUUGACUGAACUGGCACAAAAGAGAUUGAUGGACAGAGCCUACAAUAGAUCAAAAUAUCCAUCGGCGGACCCAUUUGUGAAAGCAGGGUUCCAACGACCGCAAAGAAGUUCACCCAGACUUUCACAACCCAAAGAUGAUGGCAUUGAGUUUCUCGGUGAUUACACCAGUGGUGGGGAAGGCUUGGAUUUUUUUGACGACUCGGAUUACAACCAAUUUGAAAAGACACCCGAUUUCAAACCCGAAUUGCGGUACAAGUUUCAUGAUGGUACUGAACUCACUGUCGAUGAAAGUGAUUUCAGAACUUUGCAUCGCAAUAACUGGGUUAAUGACGUGAUUAUCGACUUUGGGCUAAAGUAUAUUAUACAGGAAGGGGUAAAAAAAGGGUUGGUACAGGCGUCAGAAAUACAUUCAUUCAACUCCUUCUUUUACACAAAAUUGACGUCUGGAACCACUCCCGACUACUAUAACAACAUAAAAAGGUGGCUCUCGAAGCUUGAUCUAAUGAAGUUUCAGCACCUUAUCAUCCCCGUAAAUCAAAGCCUGCAUUGGUAUUGCUGCAUUAUCAGGAACCUCCCUGGAUUGUUACAACUGGCCCAAGAACGAAAAUGGAGAGAAAGUGAACCAAUUGAUGUUGAUGAUUUUGAGAUAGAGACAAAGUCGAAUAACCAGUAUGCCGAAAUAUUUGUGCUAGACUCCUUGGGAAGCAAAAGGUAUAAUGUCAGCGUGCCUCUCAAGAGUUUCAUUAUUGAUUAUUGCAAGGAAAAAUUUGAUGUUGAGAUUAAUCGAGACCAAAUUCGGUUCCAAUCGGCAAGGAUUCCUCGCCAAAACAACUUCAAUGAUUGUGGGGUUCAUGUGUUGUACAAUAUCAGAAAAUGGUUGAGCAAUAUCAUCGAAUGCGAGAGUUUCUUCAAGAAGCACCUGCAAAGUCAGGCCAAAGCAAUUUUUCCAGCUGACGAAAGGAGAAAAGAGAGAAAGUAUUGGUCAAACAUAUUGCUAGAAUUGCACCGGGCCCAAAACCAACCUCAAAAAGACGAAACUGAGCUGGUUUAUGAGGAUGACGACGACGACGAAAUUGAAAUUGUGGAAGAGAGAGUUUUCAGUAAGCCAACUAGCCAGUCCAAGAAAAAAAUUAAAGCAUGCAAAACUUUUACUGAUGGUGAUGGCACUGUCGAUAUUUAUGAGUUCAAUUAUAAUCCUACCAAGAGUGAGAGCCAGGAAGAAUCAGACACUGAUCAACGAAGGAAUGAUACUAGUAAGGAUAACAAAGCUCGAGAAUCAAAGAACAAUGCGGAUGCCAAUGCAGAUCAAGAUGAAACCAGGCAAGCCGGUUUAGAUAAGACCAGUGACGACCAUGAAGUGGAAAGUGUAGAUUCUCAUAUACAGGAAGAAAUUAAAGCCAAAUCAAACGAGCGAUCUCUGGUGCUGCCGAUUUCUAAAGUUGACGAGACGCGUGAUAACUCACCGAGCCAUUCCGAUGGUGCUAAAGAGUCAAACUCCAUGAUGCAUACUUUCACUGAGAGCCCCCCCACUGAGUUUCCUAAAGGAAUGGUUUUAUUGAAAAAUCUCAUAUUAAGAGAACAAUUUAAAGAUGAUGAGCUAAAUCCCAGUAUUUGCCACUUACUCAACCAGCAUUUCCAAGAUGAGACUACAGUCAUCAAGGGUGUUCGAUUGAUAAUGAUAAAAAAGCACAUAGAAAAAGCCGUUGAGAACCCUGUAAACUUAGAAAAGUUGGAAAAGUUGCUCGAACUGUAUGCGAAUAGUUCAACGGAAAAUAAGCAAAAUCAGGAGACAGUUGAUGGAGCUAGUGUCAAUUCCAGUACUUUUCGGAAAGUUUUUCCAGUCACUUCGAGUUCCAACAGUGGAGAUGUCACUAACAGGAUUGAGAAUUUGCAACUCAGUAACAGCCAUUUUGAUAGUAAUGAUUCACAUUCAGCAAGGGGGGCAUUUAAAGGAAAGACGCAAUUUGUAUCUCUCAGCGAAUUUCGAGAUCAGGAAAGGAGGCGAAAUGAUAGCUUGGGAAAUUAUGAACAGGAAGCUUCAAGAAAUGGCAAUCACAGCAAAAGAGAUUCAGUUAACCCUUCACCGCGUGCUAUCUCUACAGCUGAAAAAGAUGCAAAUGCCUUCAGAAGGGUGGGGUUUAGAAGUAGCCGUGGUGGUGGCAACCCUACCACUAAUGGUUUCGGUACUAAAGGUUUUAGCAAUAUUCCAAGUGCCGAGUUUGUCGAAAGAAAGAAUGCGGCGAGCGAGAUCGUAAAAGCAGAUGGUUUCGACACAGCAGCUCGUUUCAGUCGAGGAUCUGUUGCUUCUGAUGAUAGCGACGUGAUACUUGACUACCCCCACUCUCCAUUCAAAAGGAGAAAGUUAGAUUAA